AUGAGACGUGCAAGAGCUGCUCUCACUGUGAUCCUUCUCAGCAUGAUCCUUGCGUUGCACGGCUGUGGGUCAACCCGCGAACCGCCGGCCUUCCCUCUUCCGACGACAGCAACGACAACAAGUUGGACGAACACCUCCACCACUGAAACCCAGACAACCCAGGCAGACCUCUCCGUGUCCAAAGCCUCCGUGACGACCAGCAGCUCUGUUCCUGCCAUUCCUUACUGCAGGUGUGAGUUUCAAGACUCAGGGACCUCCCCCAGGGAACAAUGUGAGACAGGCUUAGGCCAUCCAUGUGACAGCGACUCGGAGAGGAAAGGCGCUUGUUUCGAGGAAGGUCGAUUGUGUGAAGCGAGCUAUGGGUGUACUGCAUGGCCCAGUUUCAGAGACCUGAACUUGAUGUGCAACGAGGCGCCAACGGCAGAAGCUUGUUUGGAGCAAGAGGCCUGCCACUAUCGGCAGCCGAGCUUGACCUUCAGGAUGGCUUGCAAGAGCAAAGGCAUCUAUGCACACUCUCCAGAGGCGAAUGACAGGUGCCAAAGUCUGACGGACCAAGGCAAAGGAGUUUGCAACAAUCAAUACCUUUGUCACUGGACCAUCGACGUGCCUGAAGCUUCACCGUGUAAGAACAACGGGAUCUACAGAGGAUGUGUUGGUGUGGAUGAGGCCCUGAGCAAGUCCUGUGCCAUCUUUGACACCAACACCUCUUGUGAUGAGGAACAUUCUGGCCUGUGCCAAUGGCAGGGAAGCUGCGAGUGCCCGAGCGAAUUCCAUGGUGACCAGUGUGCAGAAGAGAGGGUUCAGUUUAAGAACCACAGUGGUUGCAUCAUGGAUCAGUCAGACAUUCCAACAUGCAAAGGCCUAGUGAUCGCUGCCGCUAGUUCGGAUGCUCAGAGCUUUUGCAGUGACCACCAAGACUGCACCAUUUGGAAGAGGGUGAAAAGAAUGGUCGGCCACAUGCGUGAUGUUGAGAUUGGCCAAAUGCUUGUGGAUGUCAUAGCAGCAUGUUGCAUGUUAGCCUUCGUUCUGAUCAAGUAUAGUUACAAGCAUGGGAAAAAGAAGGCUGAGAAGAAACAGGAUGACACGGAGAAGGAGGAUCAGAAGUUUUUGAGGACUCAGUACUUUUUGUUUGCCUGCUGCGUGAGCUUCCUGGUGGACUUGUUCCUGGAAGGUUUCUUGCUGUUUUACCUCCUGAAUGCCGCAUGGGUGGUGACGAAAUUGAGGGAGGCCAUGUGUUUUACACGCAACAGUGAUGCCGACGAUUGGCUGGCGGGCGUUACGAAGUCCUUGCACACCAGUGUUUGGUUGGUGAUCAUUCAGAUGUUCGUGGCCGUUGGGGGCGUUGGUGUGGAGCUGUACCAGAUCCAGGAUGAGAUCAAGCAGACUUUAGAGCCAGACUCUGAUCAAUUCAGGGACAAGGCUUGUUGCAGCUACAGCAUGCUCCUACUCUUGGUGUCCAUUGCCCUGCACUGGGUGGAGCUUUUUAUGACCCUCGCCAACUUCAUUCAAAGCACAGCGCCUUUCCUUGGGAUGAUUCACCGCAUUGAGCUCAGAGCCCUCCAAGAGAUGGCAGGCCAUGUUUGCUAUGUGAGGCACCCUAGCCUGCCGGAAACCAGUGCUACGGGAGUGGGCUGGCCGCACCCAGCCCGAGACAUCGUCCUUCCCUUCCUGGUGGUCUUCUUGUUCUUCCUUCUUGCAACUUUUCUUACGUGGUACACCAGCGAGCACGGGGUUCCUCAGUGGAGUUGCGCCAGAUUUCGCACUUCUGAUUGGUGGCAUCCAAAACCACCGCCGCCCCCACCACCUGCCCCAGCGGAAACUUUACAAAUAGAGGUGAUUGUGCCACCAUCGGUAUCAGCGGAGAUCGAAGUGAGCCCCCCCCGUAGGCUAGAGACCCUUGCUGCACCGGCCGACCAAGCAGAUUUGCCCGUGACACUCGUGACAGCCAAAGCAGAGGUUGAAGCUGCUGUGUGCAGCCAAGGUGCACAAGACCAAGGAACAAGUCCAAUACCAGAGCCUCCAAACACCAUGCUGGUGACUUUUUCCUGCACUCCAGACGCGCCCGACCUCAACCAGAUUGCUCCAGACUCGGAUGGGACUGAGCUGCGCCAGCUUGCAUGUGACAGCACCACGUCCUUCUUGGCGACCAGGCGUUUUUACAAGCUGGGCGGCUCCGACAGCGCAACAGGGCCGUUGAACCGCCCAGCGCAUGGCGAGCCACCGAUGUUGCCGCCGAUGUCGCGCCAACGUGCUCCCGUGAAGUUGGGCCUAGUUGUGGUGAACCUGCGAGCGGCAGCCCAGACCACGAUGGCCUUGGCCAUCACCUUCACAGUCCUCGUGGUGCUUGGCAUUGGCAUUUGUGCCUUGAUCGCUGCCGUCGGCGCAAGAAGACAGGCUGAUUGGGCACCUCGCAAGCUGGUGCGCUAUGGAGUGCGCAUCAUCUUCAUCUUCUGCAUUUGCAGCCUAUGCUGUUGGAUUGCCUUUGCUGCCUACAGCGCUGAGAUGAGCUGUGAAAGCUUAGCCACCCUGCAGCCAGACGUUUGCCCUGUAUGGUCCGUGGAAUCUACAGGUUUCAGUGCUGAGGAGUGCUGCGGAACCACCACCACGACCACGACGGAUUUGCACAUCGUGAUUGCCAGCAAUGUCACGACCACGACCGUGACCGUCACCACCACCAUCACGGCGACCAUGAUCCCCUACUGCGAAUGUCAGUCCGAAGCGCCGGAGGCACGUCUCCAGUGCGAGACGGGCGCUGGAGCAGUAUGUGACGCUAGCACUCAUCCAAGUGUUUGCUUCGACGAGCACCGAUUGUGUGAGGUGAUUGUCAGCAUGCGCUGCAUCACCCGACCGGAGUUUACAGCAGGCUCAGCAGACUGCUCGGGAUACCUGACACAAGCUACAUGUGAUGAACAGGCUGCGUGUUAUUAUCACGUUCCAAGUCUGAAGUUUCGGGCUGGUUGCAGAGGUGCAGGCGUCAAUCGGAAGAAUGCCCACGCCGAUGCAGUAUGCGGAGGUUACACGAAUCAUGGCAGAGAGAGGUGCAACAUUCAAGAAAUCUGUCACUGGACGGUGGAGCCAGAUUGGAAUAAACCUUGCAAGAACGAAGGGAUUCGUGUUGGAUGUGUCGGUGCCAAGAAGUCCUUGGACAGCGGGUGUGCCAUCUACGAUACUCAGUCUGAGUGCCAAUCACAGAGCUUGCUUGGAAUUUGUGAGUGGCCGAAGCUAUGCGAAUGCCCCACGGAGUACUUCGGCGAGGAGUGUGAGGAGGAACGGACGCAGUUCGAGCCGCAGAACGACACAUGUGUGGAGUUGGCCUCACAGCCAUGGGUGUGCAAAGGCUUAGUGAUUGCAUCCUCUAGGGAGGAUGCGCAGACCUUGUGUAGCGACAAGCAGGACUGCACGACGUGGAAGGAGCUUAAAGACACGGUGGGGCAGCUGCGUGCCAUCGACCUUGGCAGCAUCGUCCUGCAUGGCAUUGCUGUCCUGGCCACGAGCUUGUGCUUCCUCGUUGCCUUAGAGAGGUAUCAGAUCAAUCAGAUUCGUUGGUUCGAGGACAAGUCCGUUUGUUUGACUAUCUCCAUUUUGGCAAGCUUUGUGGUGGAUUUGGUCCUGGGAAUCGUGCGGCUGAUGGAUGUGAUAAGUCUUACAGGUGAUCCUCAUGACCCCGGGAUUCUGGAAGUGAUCGGCCAAGCCUUGUGCUUCUCGAACAAUAGCUCUGUCCUCACCAUCCUUGGCCUUCUCGCUGAUCACAGGUUAGCCUGGGCAAUCGCUCAACUGGCUCUGAGUGGCCUGAGCUUUCUUUUGGCCUGCUACACCGCCUGUCGGAAGGAUCCCACCGCGCCGGUGCAACUCACAGCGGUCGUCGAAUUUGCCACAGAAGCUUCCCCACCGCCGGUGUCCGCCGCGCCAGUGCCCGCGCCGAGCGCGGAGCCGCCGCCCGAGGCGGCGGAGGCUUCGGGUGCUGACGCGCCGCCACCGGCCACCGCUGCGGCAGCUGCGGUUGCGGUGGCUCAUGGGGGCACACCGAUGGAGCCAAUGUGGCGGAGGAGUUUGAGGUGCAUGCGUGGUGUCAUCACAAAUGAGCAGAGGCAAGCAUUUCGGGCUCAUUGGGAUGAACUUCUACUCUUGGGCCUCAGUUUUCUUCUCUUCGUCCUUGGCUUAUUCGUUUUCUUUCUGAACACCAACCAGAUCAUCAUCAUGAUCCAGCGCAUUGAAUUGGCAGCCUUGCAGUCUAAGCCAAUGAGUGAGGGCGACCUUUGCUACGUGAGGCAUCCUGACCUUCCGCAGACCAGCCCAGCUGGAGUGCCAUGGUAUUCUCAUCAUGUUCUUCUCCUUAUAGCGUUGCCAGCGUGUUUGAUGCUCCUCCUCUUCUCGCGCGCCGCGUGGGUCCUGUCUUUCCGCCGCUCCCUGAUCCGGACCAUACCGGGAGCUCCAGCGGAUCAGGAUGUAUGGAGGGCGGUGGUGAACCAUCAGGUGACUCGGUCCAUCGAGUCCUCAAUGAGGGAAGAGCAGAAUGCGGGCGCGGCGGCUGCGGCCGCGGCCGUGGCCUCGCAGGCGGUGGCCGACAGACAGGCGGCGCGGCGACGGGAGGCCGCCAGCGAUAUGAUCUUGGAGGUGCCUGAUAGCUCAAGUCCCAGUGGUCGCCCGGCGGUGCAUGUCCAACUGCUGCGCAUGCAAGCGAACCCUGGGCCCGCAAUGGCCCCCAUGCAGCCUGGCAUGAGGCCCAUGGAGCCUGGCAUGAGGCCCAUGGAUCCUGGCAUGAGCCCCAUGGAUCCUGGCAUGAGCCCCAUGCAGCUUGGCAUGAGCCCCAUGCAGCUUGGCAUGAGCCCCAUGCAGCCUGGCAUGAGCCAUUGGGGCAUGCCUGGACCACCACCACGACGGUGGUAG